AUGGGUUCUCUAGAUUUGUCUACUACACUCAACGAAAAAGGGCUAAAAUUUCUGAAAAGCCAUCGUGGAGGCAUCGGCAGCCACCCCCCUCGACGAUCCACCCCUCUGGCAGGUCUCUGGCCUUCAGUUUUUAAUUUGGCCACAAAGGCUGCGAUCACCGCUAACGCCACUUGUGGGGAAAGGGGCCGGGAGGAGUUCUGUCGAAUAGCGGAUAACGGCAAAGGACGGUGCGGUAUUUGCGACAAUUUCAGCCCCGAUCCCGGCAAAAGGCAUUCUAUUAAUUUCGCUAUUGAUGGCAGUAAUCGCUGGUGGCAGAGUCCUGCGGUGUAUUAUGGACCUCACUAUGAAUACGUCACAAUAACAAUCGAUCUUAAACAGGUGUACCAGAUAGCCUACGUUAUAAUUAAAAUGGCGAAUUCCCCACGACCAGGAACUUGGAUUUUAGAACGUUCCAUAGAUGAUCAAAAUUACGAGCCUUGGCAGUAUUUUGCACGAACAGACAAAGAGUGUCUCGAACGUUUCGGAAUUCCAGCUACAAAAGGAAAGCCGCACUACUUUACCGACAACGAAGUGAUAUGUACUUCUUUCUAUUCCAAGUUGACUCCUAUAGAGAAUGGAGAGGUAAGUUUAGAAUCAGCAGAAUAG